CUCCUACCGAUCCUAGCUUCAACAGUACCCGUAUAACGAAUAAACCUCCCUACGGCGACUGCUGCAGAGAACUUUUCGUGUAAUGUGUAUGUUAUUUUGAAAAUUGUAAUUCGAAUUUCGAUAGCAGACUGAAAUCUCAAGAACUCGGCGUUUUGCUACACAUAAAUACGUAAAUACAAUAAUUACGUUUUGCUUUUGAAUUGUAUUUUCUCAAACUUUAGACAAUUUUAUUUUGUAAUUCGUCCUCUAGCCACUAUGGAUCGGGUACUAGAGAUCUCGUCGGUUUUUGUUGAUCUCUUUAAUUCCACAGCAGGAUCGGCAAACUCCAAUUUGGAUGUAAAUGUCAACAAAGACGGCAGCAAUUGCACUACGGACGACGAUACCGUAGACAUCCCUUCUCAUUUACGAGAAACUACCGAAGAUUAUAUUCAAAAAAUGUUAACGGCGUGUAAUGCAAGCUCAGGAGCACAGACAUCUGGAUCGCAACAAGGAAUGCGAGUCAAUGAGUUCAAACCUAAUCUCGAUUGGUUCAAUUGUAAAGAGCCUUUACUAUUUCAUAAGCAUUUACGUGGAAAAUUGGUUUUACUUCAUUUUUGGACGUAUUGUUGUGUCAAUUGCCAACACAUGAUUCCUAUUCUUGAAAAGCUAGAAAAAAAAUUUACUGUCGAACAAGGACUCGUAAUUAUCAGUGUUCACAGUGCGAAGUUUCCUCACGAAUUGAACAGCGUAAAUGUACAACACGCUGUCAAACGAUACGGAAUGACGCAUCCGAUAGUGAACGACACGGAGUCGACCAUGUGGAACGAUCUUGCUUGCUGUUGUUGGCCAACUUGUAUAAUAGUAGGCCCGCUGGGUGAGCCAAUGUUGGUCGUUCAAGGAGAGCAGUUUCACAGCAAGCUUUUGCAAACUUUUAUAUCUUCUUCUCUUGAGAUUUUAAAAGCGGCAGAUUUGAUAAGUGGACAUCAGAUUGAAGGAAUCGAGGUGGACACCCACUUUAUGGGGAGUGGAGGAAAAAACGCAGCUGUCCCUCCAAAUGCGAGCCCGUUACUCUAUCCGGGAAAAGUUACGGCCACCGUUGUUCAAAAAAGUAAUAAAAAUUCCGACAUACUAGUCGCAGUUUCGGACAGUGGACACCAUCGUAUAAUUGUAUGCAAUAUCCGAGGAUACGUCAAGUGUGUGAUUGGUGGAGGUAGUGAUCCUCUUAAGCCGUCGUCUGACAAUCAUGGUUUCAAAGACGGAGGAUUUAGAGAAGCGUUAUUUAAAAAUCCUCAGGGACUUUGUUUCGGAGAAACACAUGAUGUAUUAUAUGUAGCCGACACAGAAAAUCAUGCCAUACGAAUGGUGGAUUUAAAACUGAAAACGGUCAAAACAGUUGCGGGCAACGGACAAAUGCUUCUGCCGGCCAACAUGGAUGUAAAAAAUUCUGCAGCAAGCAACCCAAAUUCGGGACUGUGUCCUUUUGGCGGUGCUAUGUGGACCAUACAACGUUUGAACACUCCGUGGGACGUGUUGUAUGUGGAACGUUUACGUGCCGUCAUUAUUGCCAUGGCAGGUUCGCAUCAGCUAUGGGCGUUAUUUCUCGAUAAAACUACACAAGGAACGAACAAGUCAAAAUGGUGCGGCAAAGGCCUGUGUGUUUGUGUAGCCGGUUCGGGAAAAGAAGAAAAUCGUAACAAUUCUUACAACGCUCUGAGAGCUUCUUUCGCUCAACCGUCCGGUUUGUGUUUGGCAGUGACCGGAGGCUAUCAGAAUUAUCAACAAGACGAUAGUCAACCCCAGUACAAUUACCACCAGAAUCUUUCAGUGUUUGUUGCGGACGCCGAGUCUUCAACAAUCCGCCGUGUGUAUUUAGACACCGGAAACAGUAAUAAUUCCAGUGCGCCUGCAAGCACUCGCUGUUGCACCAGAGUAUUGAACGUUUGUGGUGGAUCGCCUGACCCGACGGACUUGUUUAGCUAUGGAGACAUAGACGGACCGGCUGGUACCAAUAGCCGCCUCCAACAUCCGAUGGCUGUUGCGUGGAACCGAAAAAGAAACACUCUGUACGUGGCCGAUACGUACAACAACAAGGUGAAGUGCGUAACCGGCAUAGUUGGAGGAGGCAGCGUGCACAAUGCAAAUUCUACCGACCCCAAUUUGAGUGCAAAAGGAAAUGUCCAUGCUUUACCGCUCCCGGUUAAAUUAAACGAACCAAAUGGUUUGUAUUUCGUGGAAAACAAAAACGGACAGCACCAAGAUGAAACUAAUACUGACAAUGGCAGCUUAUUGUUGAUAGCCGACACAAACUCGCAUACGAUCUAUGCUUAUAAUUUCAACUCUUACGUUACCAAAAAACUUAAAUUCGAAUUCCCGUUGAUCGAAGAACCGAAAAACGUAGUAGGAAACGCACGAGUGAGACUUUCGAACAACGGAAGCGCUCCGGCCCAGUUGAUGGUUCGCGGUCGAGUGUCGUGGCCGUCGCAGGUGACCAACGAAAGCGACAGCGUUGAAAAAGUUUCGCCGCCGUUGAAAUGGACCCUACAAAUGCCAGAUAAUACGUGGGAAUCGAAAGAAAUCAAAAGUCCGGCCAACGUCGGAACGCAGUCUACCGAUUUUAAGUAUUUGAUCCGUAUGCCGGUGAACCAGCGAGAAGGCUCGACAGAAGGUGACGCCGGAGAGUACACGGCAGACGAUAACGGAGAAUACGAUUGCGACGAAGAACCUCAAAUUAUUAUACUGAGAUGCGAAACCAGCAUUUGCACUACGGACACCGAUAUGGGUCCCGUGUGCUUGCCCGUUCAAUUCGAUUUCGUCGUAGAGGUGCGCUUCACUGCGAGCAAGGACGCUCCAUUGGCGGCAGACGCAUACUUUCCGCACACGGUCCAAGUGCCGGGCGUCGAGUCAAACUCUAAGGCGAACGCUGCCAAAACGCCAAGUUCAAGUAAUAAUACUGAAAGCAGCAAAACGUAAAAUGAACUCUUAAAUAUUCGGUUGAUUAAUUUUAUUCGAUACAAUUAUAACUAUUUAAUAAUAGUAAAUAAUAUUAAACUAUUUUUUUUUUUUUUUUUUACUUUUAUCUUUUGUGACAACUAUAAAUCGUCGACGACUGCGUGUUUGUAAAUUAAUAUUUAACAGACAAAUUGAAAAUUAUUUUAUUUAAAAACAAUUGCAUACUUGCAUUUCAAACAAAUUGCAUUUCCACCAUGUACACAUUUAG